GCGCGUUAGCAAAUAGCAGCGCGCGUUACGAAAAUGGCAACAACAGUUCCGAAGAAGCGUGCCAGGCCGUCGAAGAAAAAAAUCAAAGACAUGGACGUUGACGAAUUCAUGUCUACAGGCUUUCUGAACUCUGACGAUGAAGCAGAAGAGCAAAUAGAAGAGAAAAACGCGCCCUUAGAGAAGAAAAAGAAGAAGAAACCCGUUGCAGUUAAAGGAGGGAGCCAUAAGGAUGACUUGGCUGAGCUUGAGAAGACUGACCCAGAAUUCUUUCAAUUCUUGAAGAGCAAUGAUCAGAAACUGUUGGAAUUCAGUGAAUCUGAUGAAUCAGAGGAAGACGAGUAUGAAGAGGAUGAGAGAGAAAUGGAGAAGAAGGUGAAGGAUGGUGGAGAGGAGGAACCUGAGAAAGAUGAUGAGGAAUAUGCUGGGAAGCCUGUUACAAUGGAUAUUAUCAAACAGUGGGAAAAGCAGCUGAAGAAAUUCUCUAUUCCUGCUUUGCAUCAAGUGACAAGAGCUCUUGCUUGUGCUGUAAGCGAAAUGAGUGGAGUUGAUUGUGAUAUCAAUGAUUAUUCGGUUCACGGCGAGAGGGAAUUUAAUCGUGUUGUUGAGUUGUGUUUAACAUAUGGGACGACUGUGCUCACACAUCAUAUUCCUGAAGCUAAAGGAAACAAAAAGUCUCUAGCGUCAAGUCAUCACAACUGGUCUAAAGUUCGCUCUCCUGUUCGUCUUCUUCUUACAAACCUCCUCACGCUGACAAAGCAACUGACAGAUAAAACCAUGCUAGUUGUCUUGCUGAAGCAGAUUGAGCAGUUGACAAGGUUUUAUGUGUGUUUUCCAAAGAUGCUGAAGUCUCUGGUGAAGGUGUUGAUUUUGUUGUGGAGCGAGUCAACGGAUAGUGUUCGGAUUGUUGCAUUUCUCAGCCUUCGGAAGUUGGCAGUAAUGCAGUCGACAAAGUUUUUGAAUUCUAUUCUUAAACGUAUGUAUUUAUCGUUUGUUGCCAACAGCAAGUUCACAUCACCCAAGGCUCGUCCUUUAAUUGUUCUCAUGGAGAACUGCCUUGUUGAAAUGUACAACCUUGACCACCAGACGUCAUACCAACAUGGCUUUGUGUACAUCAGACAGCUGGCCGUGCAUUUAAGGACAGCAAUGGUACAACAGAAGAAGGAUGCAUAUCAGGCCGUCUAUAACUGGCAGUAUAUCCAUUGCAUCGAGUUGUGGUGUCGAGUAUUAGCCGAUUGUAUGAGCGAAACCCUGAAGCCUCUUAUCUAUCCAGUAGUGCAAACAACGCUUGGCGUAAUCAGAUUGAUACCAACUUCUCGUUAUUAUCCUCUUCGUUUCCACUGUAUUCAUUUUCUUAACAUGCUGUCUGAUGAAACAAACACGCUCAUUCCUGUAGCUCCUCUCAUACUUGAAGUGUUGGAUUCUUCUGCAACGAAGAAAAGGCCAAGGCCAUCGACAAGCAAACCUGUCAGUUUUUCUUAUAUUUUAAGAGUUUCAAAGUCUCAGUUGCAGACGAAGGCAUUCCAAGACAGUGUGUUUGACAAUGUUUUGUGUCUACUUAUGGAAUACUUCUCUUUGCACUCUCAUUCCAUAGCAUUUCCUGAACUCAUCCUACCAGCUACUAUCAGAUUACGGAAGUUUGUCAAACAAAGUAAGGCAGCUCAGUUCUGUAGACAAAUCAAACAGUUAGUUGACAAGCUUGAAGAAACUGGAGCUGCAGUUACAGCUGCUCGCUCGUCUGUCUCGUUUAGUCCUCGAGACACAGCGAAAGUUAAUGCUUGGGAAAUUGAGAGAAGGCAGAAGGGAAAUUCGCUCGUGAAAUACUUCUCUUCAUGGAAACAAAUGCAGAAACUGAAAAAUACCCAAUCUACUGCAGAAAAUGAAUCAGACGAAGAGAUGGCACCACCAGAUACAUCUUCUGAUGAAGAAGACCCGCACACUGAUUCAAAAUCAAAGAGAAAGAAACUCGAUGAAACAAAAGUUGAGAAGAAAACAAUCACAAAACAGCAGAAAAAAUCCACAAACUUCCGACAGAAGCAAGCACUUUCUACCAGAAACAAACCAAGCAACAAAGACAAACUCGAGUCUAAAGAUAGUGACGUAGUCGAAGACUUUCAAAUGUGGUCAGACGAGGACUGACUCUGUCAUACAAAUCAUUUUUCCCAACUCUAACUCUAAACAAGUAUAAAAUCAUUUUGAGAAAAUGAUGGAUAAGUAGGGAUGGAUGGGCACUUAUUUCAUCAUGCUCAUCUCCCACAUUACAAUCUUGUUGUGUGCACCUCAAUCUUUACAUUUACAUAGCAGGCAUGUGUGGCAGUACUCUGAGUAGGAAGAUUGUGAUAUAAAAUAGGAGAUGACCAUGAAUGAAUAAGAUCCCUACCUACAUACCAUGCAUCCCUCCCUACCUAUACAUACCUACCUUCAUACCUACCUACUUACA